CAUCCCCCAGGCGGCAGUGAUCGGGGCGGCAGUGAGUGGGUGGACAAGGCGCAGUUCAUUCAUGGGCUCGUGGCAGCGGCAGUGAUCGGGGUGGACGAGGCACAGUUCAUUCACGGGCUGGUGGAGUUCUCCUUGCGGGCGGCAGACCAUGACGGCAAGACACUGUUCAUCGCAGGCCUGGACGGCGACUUUCGGAG